AUGCGGUCUUGUCGUCCAUGUUUUGCAAGUGAAUGUCGGAACUCGGAUUAAAUAAUACGAUCAAACGACAGUCGAUCGCAAACCUGCCGAUGGUUGACAGUUUUUGAGAAGACUUAGAGUCCAUGCCGUUGGGUUCUUGAAGACAAUAUGAGCUCCCUCCUCCCAUUCCCACCAGCAAUUGUCAAGCGCCUACUGGGUUGGAAGAAGGGGGAUAGCGCCGACCGCGAAGAUAAGUGGUCGGAAAAAGCAGUCAAAAGUUUAGUCAAGAAACUCAAAAAGACCGGAGGACUGGAUGAGCUCCAAAAGGCAAUCACAACACAGGAUCAGAAUACAAAGUGCAUCACGAUCCCCAGUGAAUCUUGUAGGUCCCUAGACGGACGUUUACAAGUAUCGCAUCGUAAGGGUUUGCCACACGUCAUCUAUGCACGACUCUGGAGGUGGCCAGACCUGCAGAACCACCACGAGCUACGAGCUAUUGACACAUGCGAGUAUGCUUUCCACUUGAAGCGGGACGAAGUUUGCGUGAAUCCUUACCAUUACUCGAGGGUUGAAACACCAGUGCUUCCGCCAGUGCUUGUGCCACGUCAAACAGGAGAAAUCCCAGCAGAUUUUCAACCUCCAAUUGACGACUACUCAAAUACAGUGCCUGAAAACAUUGAUUUUCCUGCAGGCGUCAGCGAAUCUUCUUUUCAAUUACCAGAGACCCCUCCCCCAGGCUACAUGAGUGAAGAAGGGGACAAUAAUGAAAACAGCCAAGGAAUGGAUGGAGUGGAUCAGAUCCCAGCCAGCCCUUCUAUGGAUUUGGAACCAGUGACAUAUACUGAACCCACCCACUGGUGUUCCAUAUCCUAUUAUGAGAUGAACACACGUGUUGGGGAGACAUUUCAUGCCUCUCAGCCCUCACUGACUGUGGAUGGUUUCACUGAUCCUUCCAACUCCGAACGGUUCUGCCUUGGUCUGUUGUCGAAUGUGAACAGAACACAGCAAGUGGAGAUGACAAGACGGCAUAUAGGCAAAGGAGUUCGAUUGUACUACAUAGGAGGGGAGGUGUUUGCAGAAUGUCUCAGUGAGAGUGCAGUAUUUGUGCAAAGUCCUAAUUGUAACCAGAGAUAUGGAUGGCAUCCUGCCACUGUCUGCAAGAUACCACCAGGUUGCAAUUUGAAGAUCUUCAACAACCAAGAGUUUGCUGCCCUGCUGGCUCAGUCAGUUAACCAGGGGUUUGAAUCUGUUUACCAACUCACACGCAUGUGUACCAUAAGGAUGAGCUUUGUGAAAGGCUGGGGAGCCGAGUAUAGGCGUCAGACAGUGACAAGCACCCCGUGCUGGAUAGAGAUUCACCUAAAUGGUCCUCUUCAGUGGCUGGACAAAGUUCUCACUCAGAUGGGCUCUCCUCGCCUACCCUGCUCAAGUAUGUCAUAGAAUGGUGCAAAACAGUAGGCUGGAAAAGACUGGAAACAGCACGGCAAGGUUCAUAGACCAAAGGUCAAAGACCUAGUAAAUAGGAGACUGCACAAAUGCUCUGAACUUAGGAAUGAAGGAAGAGUGUGAACAAUUUUUUUUUGUCAAAGACACCUCGACUCUGAAGUACCAAAGCAUGUAUGCAUUCAAAUGGUGACCUUGCACUGAUUCCACCACGACCUUAUAUAGAUGCACUGUGACCUCAUACAUAAUCAUUGUGACCUCAUGUCAAUUUACUGUGACCUCAUACAGAACCAAUUUUAUCUGGAGAUCCUGUGACCUCUUGCAGUUUUCACUGUGACCUUGAGCAAAAAUUUACUGUGACCUUGUACAGCUUUAUAUAUGCACGGCAGUACUCGACUGUAAUCCAGUACAGUAGAAAAGAGCAUUAUCGUGUAGCUGCAGAGCACGUUAUCCAUGUUGCAGUAUAAUAGAAUAUGGAAAAUUAGCCAGCAUUUGACUGGAACAUAUUUUGCUACUCUACGCUGUUCUUAUUAUCAGAUGGAAAAAAUGUACCAUGUAGAGCUGUCAGACCUUCAUCCAUACAAUAUAAAAAAACUCUGAAUGGCUAUAUAUACUAUAUAUAUGUAUAUAAAAAAGUCUUUUAGGAAAAAAGAAGACUAACAGCAUGGUACAUGAAGAUUCUUGUGUCUCUUGUGUGCUUCACAAAUCAGAAUACAAGGGAGCAACUUGAGUCAAAGCAGUAGUGAAUGAUCCAGGUUUCAGAAUAUCAGUGCUUGGCGAAACUAGAUAGGUCUUGAGUGGAAACUGUUUAAAGAUGGAUAUACAUCAAUUAAUGGGUCUCAGAAUGAGAGAACAAGUAGUGAAGUAGUAGUAGGUAGCAUAAUAAUGUAAAAGCUACAACAGGAGGACACAGUGCAAAACAAAAGUUUUGUACCAUCACCACCACCAUGUGUGAGGCAAAGGUCAUGAAUGUUAUUCUUCAAGAAAUUCCUCAAGAAAUGGCCAUAUCACAUCCCUGCAUAUGAUGAUUUUGGGAAUUCCCCAGAUUCCAGAGGAUUCAGUUUUACCCCAGUGAUAUCACCGACUUGAAGGAAUAAGACACCAUGCCAAGGCUGGAGUUGUUUACAGUGAAUAUUGUGCAUUAUGAACCACAUUCUUAGAAGUGUAGGACAGCACGGACUGCAGGGUACUAAUGUGCUAGUAGUGAGGAGCUGCAGUGCCCCCAGUAUUGUCUCCUGGCCCAGGCCUAGCGUGGAGAGGGAGCCGUUACUAUAAAAUAAUUGUGAUAUAGCGAGAGAGACUGAGAGAAUGCGAAUGUAAAGAAAACAAGUAGAAAGAGAAGACCUGUAGUUUGUAAUCAAAACUUUUUUAUCGAAAUGUUUUUAAAUGAUGAUCAGGAUUUUUUAAUUAUUUACGUAUAUUUUUUUGUCAUCAGACAACCGGUGAGGAACUACAGUACUAGUGUUACUGGAAGGUUAACUGUAACGUACCACUGCCAUACACAGGAACUGUAAUAAUAGCUCUUACAUGAAAAUGUAUAAAAUAAAGUAAAUUGAGAUA